AUGGCCGACGAAACAGCUCUCCACGACUUUCCCUCGCUCUUCUCCCUCAAGGGGAAGGUCGCCGUCGUGACUGGCGGCUCGCGAGGCCUAGGUUUGAAUGCGGCUUCAGCCUUCCUCCAAGCCGGCUGCGCCAAAGUAUUCAUAACCUCGCGCAAAGCCGCCGCCUGCGAAAAGGCCGUGGCGCAACUAAACCAGCUGCCGAACCGGCAGCCCGGCGCCCUCGCGAUCUCCGUCCCAGCCGACAGCAGCACGCUGUCCGGCAUCGAGUCCCUCGUCACGCAAGUCGCGAAACACACGCCCCACGUCGACAUCCUCUUCGCGAACGCGGGCGCGACCUGGGGCGAGCGCUUCGACACGCACCCGGACGCCGCCUUCCAGAAGGUCAUGGAUCUGAACGUGAAGUCCAUCUUCCUCACCGUCCAGAAAUUCGCGCCUCUCUUGCAAAAGCGGGCCACCCUCGAAGACCCCAGCCGCGUCAUCAUCACCGCGAGCACGGCCGGCCUGGGCGUCGGACACCUCGGCCAGCAGGCCACCUUCGGGUACAGCGCGAGCAAGGCCGCCGCUAUACACCUGGGCCGCAAUUUGGCGGUCGAGCUGGGGCCCAGACAUAUCCUGGUCAACUCCAUCUGUCCCGGCUUCUUCCCGACGAAGAUGGCGAAUGGCUUGAUCGAGUUGUCCGGUGGUGCUGAACUGCACGCCUCGUUAAACCCGGCGAAGCGGUUGGGGAGGCCGGAGGAUAUUGCCGGCGUGGUUGUUUAUCUCGCGAGCAGGGCAGGCGCGCAUGUCAACGGCGCGGCUAUAGAGAUCGAUGGUGGCGCCCUAUGGAACAGUGGUGGUUUAUUGCUAGCCGGGGUGGACUCUAAGCUAUGA